GAACUACAGAAAAAUGUUGGUCUCCCGAAUUGAAACAAGGCACUGCAGUGUUAGUCAUUCCUCCACUUCCUACAGAUAACAUUAAUAACAUGCCGUGCAUGAAAAUGUGCUGUUUCUUUCUGUCCACUCGAUUAGGCAGCAUCAUUGUUGGAAUUCUAUCCAUACUGCAACUUCUAAUCCCUACACUAAUCCUGGUUGCCAAUGGAGGCGAAAAUUAUUUGAAAACCGGAGCCUCGAAUAUCAACGCACACCUGAAUGACUUUGCCCAAGAAGAAGUGUUCAUUAGUUUUCUACGCUUCACAGAGGAUGACCCCGAAAUAUUAUUUAUUGGCACAGUGUCGUUUUGUGGACUACAUUUGUUGAGCUGUAUUCUGAUGAUCUUGGGAGCUUUGAAAGUGCAAAAAUGGCUGCUUCUACCCUUCAUUAUCCUGGAGUUGAUUCGGUUAUGUAUUCUCUCUCUGAUCCAUGUAAUCGGAAUGAUGGUCAUUAAGAAACAACUGAAUUUGGGAGAUUUGAUUGCAAUCACCAUUGCCGGAGGCUUCGGGUUACUUCUUUUGUUCUAUUUAUGGGCAUGUGUUGUAGCGCUCUAUCAAAUUUUCGGCAUCGUUAAGACGGAAAAAUAUCGCUCCUUAUUCGGAACUAAUCCCCUCACGCCAGCCAGGAUUCGUACGGAAAGUGUUAACCCAAAGCAAUUGAAGGUUGCUGCUAAAACGGACAACUCAUUAUACACGUACAAUUCUAACUAUUUGAAUGAAUAUCAUACAUACAGUCAGAAUAAAUAUUAACAUUGAA